AUGGCAACCAACAGGGAGCACCAAGUGCGUCACAUGACCGGCUUCCCACGUGCUAUGUACCCGUUCACCUUUAACUCCAUGAGGAGCCACUCCCCCUUUGACCUUCUGGCCAGUAGCCACCUCUUUGGCCGGUUCGGGGCAGACCUUCCCAAAGAGAUGGCUGCAUUGUCGGUGGAGACCCAGAGCACCAGUUCAGAGGAGAUGGUGCCCAGUUCUCCCUCUCCUCCUCCUCCUCCUCGGGUCUACAAACCCUGCUUUGUGUGCCAGGACAAGUCGUCUGGUUAUCACUAUGGAGUGAGCUCCUGUGAGGGCUGCAAGGGUUUCUUCAGACGGAGUAUCCAGAAGAACAUGGUGUAUACCUGCCAUAGAGACAAGAACUGUCAGAUCAAUAAAGUGACCCGCAACCGCUGCCAGUACUGUCGGCUGCAGAAGUGCUUUGAGGUUGGCAUGUCCAAAGAAGCGGUGCGUAAUGACAGGAACAAAAAGAAGAAGGAUGUAAAGGAGGAGGUGGUGCUGCCAGAGAACUAUGAGCUGAGUGGAGAACUGGAGGAGCUGGUUAACAAAGUCAGCAAAGCUCACCAGGAGACCUUUCCAUCUCUGUGCCAACUCGGAAAAUACACCACAAAUUCAAGUGCUGACCACAGAGUACAGCUGGACUUGGGCCUGUGGGAUAAGUUCAGUGAGCUCUCCACUAAGUGCAUUAUAAAGAUUGUGGAGUUUGCCAAGCGGCUACCAGGCUUCACUACGCUCACCAUCGCUGACCAGAUCACCCUCCUCAAAUCUGCAUGUCUGGACAUCCUGAUGCUGAGGAUAUGCACCCGUUACACACCAGAACAGGACACAAUGACGUUCUCAGAUGGCCUGACUCUCAACAGGACACAGAUGCAUAAUGCUGGCUUUGGUCCACUCACGGACCUGGUGUUUGCCUUUGCUGGUCAGUUGCUGCCUUUGGAGAUGGACGACACAGAGACGGGGCUGCUCAGUGCCAUCUGCCUGAUCUGUGGAGACCGUAUGGACCUGGAAGAACCGGAGAAGGUAGACAAGCUGCAGGAGCCGCUGCUAGAGGCUCUGAAGAUCUACACCCGCCGCAGACGCCCGAACAAGCCUCAUAUGUUUCCACGUAUGCUGAUGAAAGUCACAGACCUCCGGGGAAUCAGCACCAAAGGUGCAGAAAGAGCCAUCACACUAAAGACGGAGAUUCCAGGGCCCAUGCCUCCACUUAUCCGGGAGAUGCUGGAGAACCCUGACGCCUUCGAGGACAGCAGUGACUCAGGGGACAGCGCUGCUGCCGCUCCCCCCGCCAUUCAAGCCAUCAAGCAAGAGGAGAAAGCCACGUAUGAGUCGGCCGUCGAGGAGGAAGAGGAGGAGGAAGAGGACGACUACUGGGAUGAGGAAAAAGAGCGGGGGGUGGACAGCGACGGGGAGCUGUGGGGGGAGGCGGCGGCGGCGGCGGCGGCAGGGCAAAAGAAAGGUGUGACUGGGAAAACACAGUGAGAUAGACACAAUGACGCUGCUUCCUCCUCCAGAUCCCUGAGCCCUCGCCCAGCUAUAUCUCCAAAAAAACCUCACAGAAUUAGGCUCUUAUACAACAACAUGUUGCAUACAGCACAUAUUUACAUAUACUGUACAUAAUUUGGACUGAGAUUCAAAUGUGUUCAGUUCAGCAUAAGAAACAAGGAAUGGGAGAAGCAAAAGCACUAAAUGUCAGUGGGUUGAGGAGAGCACCAUUUGAAAUCACUGUGCCAAAAUGAGACUGUCUAAAAGAUAUUUCAAAAGUGUUUCGUCCACACAGAGAGGAACUAGAGGUGGUGGACAGAAGAAAAUGCACUCCUCCGCUAUCUAUAAGGGCUAUGCUUUGUAUAAAAUUGAUGGUAAAAGUACAUUGUAACAACAGAACUCUACGUGGUGUCCAUUUGCCGCACGUCUUCUCGAAAUUCCUUUUAUCACUAUUCAGAGAUAUGCUAAUUAUUUUUUUAUUGUAUGGUUUUCCAAGCAUGUACACAUUUUUCUGUUUUUAUGCCUGUUUGUGGGACUCUGUUUUGUUUUGUUUUUUGUAUAUUUUUCACUGGGUCCUGCUCAUAUUUGUCUGGAUAUAGUGUAUGUGGUUUUCAAGUUUGUCUUUAAACUUAUGCAUUUCUGCUUUAUUGGACACAGUAUAAAGCAAUAGCAAAGGUAGGAAAGAGCAACAGCAAAGCGAGAGCAAGGUCAUGAGCAGGACUCAAACUCACAAUGUGACAAGCACAUGAUAAUUAGGUUCACCUUCUAGUUCAUGAAAAUCUCUGAUGGUUCUAACAUCUGAAGGAAAAUAUUAAUGUAAUUUCAACUCUGGUGCUUUUGAUCCAAAUAAUAUUCUGACAAAGAAUGCAAAACAAAUAUCUCCACCUCUCGACAAAAAUAAACACUCAACAACAAUCAAAAGAAUCUAAAGGGGAGUUUUAACGUCAACACACAGUCUCAGGUUGAUUCUAUCAGGCUCACGUCUCACCUGUCAAUAGAGUAAGAAAACUUUCGGUGUGAAUGCUCCGACGUAACUUCCCCAUCUUCAACAAAAAAACUUCUUACUUCAAGGAGUAGGAACAAUUCACUUGCUGUACUCGCCCUUUGUACAGCAACCAGGUAUAGGUAAGCCAUAAGAUUUCCUUUUGUGAGACUGAGCAAAAAUCAUCCGAACAGACAAAACCCUGAAAAGCAGUUUACUUCGCAGAAAACCUCAGGUGUGUGUGUGUGUGUGUGUGUGUGUGUGUGUGUGUGUGCGUGUGUGCAUGAGUGUGUAACUGAGAGUAUUUACCAAUACACAGAGUGGUGUUGUACAGAUGUGACAUUAGUGUCAUUACCGCCAUAAUCCACAGCCAGUGUUUAUGCAAAUGUCAUAUUAAUAGUAUCUUAAAAAUGCACACAAAAUGGCUUUUGUAGCCAAAGAAACAAAAUGUUUUGUAAAAGAUUUAAAAGAACUCACCCAAAGGCUUCUGGUGGACAGUAGGACAUCAAUGCAAGCUGAUCAAAAAUCACAGAAAAAGCAAUAAAUACUGCACUUCACAUCUUUGAGGUUGCAACCGUCCAACAUAAAACGCAAAACAAAUAAUUUACAUUGGAGGACUUGCCUGCUGUAGCAUAGGACCAUAGUUUCAAAUGAUGCGUGUUCAUGUGCUCUGUAUCUAAUGAGCGAUGCAGAAACAUGGAUGUUUUAAAAAACAUAGCUAUAAUUCUUUUUUUAUUGAAACUAUACAACUUUCUUUAUGCAAGAUGUAUAAAAUUGUCAUUAUUUGUGUAUGAAAGACUACGCAAGUCUUAUUGAACUCCUUAGUAGUUGUAAGGGAAAAAAAUGCUCCAUCAGCAAGGUGUCCUUCAUGGCAUCAAAAACAUUGCAACAGUGCAGCCGCAACGUUGUUGAUGCAGUUUAUCGAUGUGUGGGAUAAGAGUUUCAAGUGUUUCAGCAGAAAAACAGCUCCUAUAUGACCAUUGGGGCGAUACACCAGCGGUUUUCAAGUUAGAUGGGUCUUUAGCACCAGGUGUAAAGCCAUGAAGUACACAGAAGUCGAGUAACGUAUUAAAUAAUCAACACUGAUGCCAUUACGAUGUUUUUUUAGACUCUUAAAUUGUGAUUUUGCUAUUACAGGAUAGAAACAUCACAGCCACGUGACAAAAGUUAUCCUCUGUGUUUUUCCUCACUCUGUUUCUCUUCCUCUGUCUCACUCUCACACACACAAACACACACACAAACACACAGACGCACACAGUCAAUAUUUUGCACAUCAUCAAUUCUGCAUACUAUGUUAUUUAGUAUUUAAAGAUGUUUCUACGUCACAUAACCAUAAAUAAAAAAAGUAUAUAACGAUAACAAUAACCAAAAACAAUACAUGUUUUUUCUGUUUCUGUUUCUUUUCUCAAUUUUGAGCUGGUGCAAUAGAUAAGCCUUGCAAGAGACCACAAAGGCCUAGGCUCUAGACAAAAGCAUGUGAGUAAAUAAAGACAAUAAGACCAAAGACAGACAUUACAUUUGGUCAAAAACACAAUCACAGUAAUGAAUUAAAACGUUCUAUUAGGGUCACUGAUGUGAAAUGUAUUCGCUUUGAAUUGUGGGAUGGAGGAGAUUUCAUGAUCUCAAAUUACCUUUGAAGCUGGAACCAUUUGUGUUUUAUAUGUUUUGUUGUUGUUGUUUUUAAGUGAUGUCUUAAUUUUUAUAAACAAAGACUCUGUAGCGUGUAAAUAACUUGUCUUCAUGUUCAGGGAUUCAGGCACCUCAUGAUUUGACUUAUACCAAAACAGCUCUGAUACACAUACACACACACACACAAACAAACACACACACACACACACACACACA